GAUAUAUACUAUGUCUUCCACUCUUUAUAGUUAGUAUUAUAUAGUAUAGACUUCAUAACCUCUCUAAAUUAAAACCAUUAAUUAGUACGUCUUGCAUCUUCUCUCGAUUGAUUACUACUACUGAUCAGUCGUCACAAUGGGAUUAAAUGGAAGUGUAAAAGAGAGUGCUUAUUUCCCCAUGAAGAAUACUCGACGAGGAGGCUUUACCCCCACUUUCUUCAUAUUUGGAAUGAUGUUGUUGGAUAACAUAGGAUUUGUAGCAAAUAUGAUGAGUUUUGUUGUAUAUUUUUCAUCAGUGAUGCAUUUUGACAUAACUGGUGCUGCAACUAAUACAACAAACUAUUUGGGUACUGCUUUCUUGCUCACUAUUCUUGGAGGUUUCAUUUCAGAUGCCUACAUGACUCGUCUCAACACUGCCUUAUUCUUUGGCAUCCUCCAACUAUUGGGGUACUUACUAUUGAUAAUCCAAUCCCACUUCCAAAAACUUCAACCACAACCCUGUGGAGAAUCAACUUGCGUGCAUGGAGGAAAAGCACUGCUGCUAUACACUUCAGUAUACUUAACGGCAUUGGGAGCAGGCGGAAUUCGGGGCUGUAUUCCAGCAUUGGGUGCUGAUCAAUUCGAACAGAAUGACUCGAAAAAAAACAGCAAGAACAUUUCCAGCUUCUUCAACUGGUUCUUGUUAAGCAUCACUAUUGGAGCAUCAAUUGGAGUUACUGUCGUGGUUUGGGUCAGUACAAAUGUUGGAUGGGAUAAAGGGUUCAUUAUUUCCAUUGUAUGCUGUUUUGCUGGCCUUUGUUUUGUUUCCAUGGGCAAGCCUUUUUAUAGAGUGAGAGUCCCUGGUGAAAGUCCAUUGCUAAGGGUUUUACAGGUUUUGGUAGCAGCAGCUCGAAAUUGGUCUGUGCAACUACCAACUGAUAAGCAUCAAUUAUAUGAGAUACGGGAACCGAACUCUGUUUCUCUUUUACAGGAACAUCGUCUUCCACAUACCGAACAAUUCAGAGUACUAGACAAAGCUGCAGUUCAAUUAGAGGGCACCAACAAGCAAGGAAAAUGGAGACUUUGUACUGUUACUCAAGUGGAGGAAGUGAAAAUCCUUACCAGGAUGAUGCCGAUUCUCUUGAGUACAACCAUCAUGAAUACAUGUUUGGCACAGCUACAAACAAUCUCAGUACAAGAAGGGACUCUAAUGGACCCUAGCCUUGGCAAGUUUGACGUACCUUCUGCUUCGAUUCCAGUCAUUCCUCUUGUAUUCAUGUCUCUUCUCAUUCCCAUCUAUGAAUUCCUCUUUGUCCCCGUAAUGAGGAUGUUCACAGGCCACCCCACUGGGAUAACACACCUCCAGAGGGUCGGUGUAGGGCUUGUCCUCUCAGCUAUCUCUAUGGCCAUUGCUGGAGCCGUGGAGGUGAAGAGGAAGAAUGAGUUCAACCACCAUAACCAUCGUACGAGCCUUUUCUGGCUCUCCUUUCAUUAUGCAAUCUUUGGGAUAGCAGACAUGUUCACACUUGUUGGGCUGAUGGAGUUCUUCUACAGUGAGGCUCCAGCUGGGAUGAGAUCUCUCUCGACGUCUUUCUCAUUUUUGUCACUCUCCAUCGGCUACUAUUUAAGCUCAGCUUUUGUUGAGCUUAUCAACUCAAUCACUUCAAAGUUCACUUCAAACAAGCAAGGAUGGCUUCAAGGGAGAGACAUGAACAAGAACCACGUCGAGCUUUUCUACUGGUUCCUAGCAAUCCUCAGCUUGCUCAACUUUGGUAACUACGUCUUUUGGGCCAACUGGUACAAGUACAAGAAGGAUGGUCCUGUUGAUAAACAGAAACUUCUCCACCCAGAUUUCUCUGUAACAAUGAGUAUGACCUCGCAACAGGCCAUCUCUACAAGUGAUGGUGAAAGAAAAAUGAAAAUAAAAUCAUAUCUUCAAGCCUAUGAUCUGUGGGAAGUGGUAGCGAAAAAUACACCAUUACAACCACUCCCUGAAAAUUCUACCGUUGCUCAGAUUAAAUAUCAUUUUGAUGAAAAGCUCAAAAAAUUCAAAGCCAAAACUGUAAUUCAAAAUUCAAUUGCGAAUUCGAGUUUUUCUAAAAUUAUUGCUUGUGAGACAACAAAUGAAGCUUGGGAAAAACUAAAAAAGGAAUAUCAAGGAAGUGACCGAGUUGGACAAAUGCAAAUUUUGAAUUUGAAAAGGGAUAUUGAAUCUCUUAGGAUGCAAGAAGAUGAAACUAUUGCCAAGUAUUCUGACAAGAUUUCUUUGCUUGUCGGUAAAAUCAGGUUGUUUGGUGAGGAUUUCAAAGAUGAAAGAGUAGUAGAAAAAAUUCUUGUGAUAAUUUCGGAGAGAUUCGAGUCUAAAAUCUCAUCUCUGGAAGAGUCUAGAGAUCUCUUUACCAUCUCUGUUGAAGAACUAAUAAGUUCUCUUCAAGCACAAGAGCAAAGAAGAGCCUUCAGACAAGACAAUGUUACUGAGAGUGCUUUUUAUGCACAAAACAAAAAAAAACCUCAACAAUUUCUGCAGAUGUCAUCUCCUUAUCUGCAGCCUUACUCUAUUCCACAACCUUUACAAUUUUCUCCAAAGCAGUUUCAGCAACUUCUACAGAUGAUGGACAAAAGAAAGAGCGAAUGUGAUGGUAGUACAAGUGUAGCAUCUGCAGGAUUAUCUGAUAAGACAUUGAGUGAACUAUGUACAGUUUGUCCCUUGGCUAAACAAUCCAGACAACCUUUUCCUCUUAGUAGUACUACUACUGGUACUUGUUUUACUUUACUUCAUGCUGAUGUUUGGGGCCCUUACAAGGUGCCUUCUCAAGAUAGUAAGAGAUACUUUCUUACUUUGGUUGAUGAUUGCUCAAGAUAUACUUGGGUAGUUCUUCUCAACUCAAAGUCUGAAGUGAUAGUAGCUCUCAUAAACUUCUUUAUCAUGAUUAGCAAUUUGUUUGGUACAACUGUCAAGAUCUUAAGAUCUGACAAUGGGGAUGUUGUGUUUGAGGAAGAGUUUUAUCCUUUCAAGAAUAUGCCUUAUUCCUCUUCACUGUUUACUUCUCCUGAAGUGCUUGAUCCAUUAGAUGUCUCCACUUUUCCUUUGGUGAUUCCAGUUCAAUCUAGUCCUAUUUCUGAUAUUAUUUCUUCAGAUAUUAUUGCUGAAUCCACAGUCCAUUCCUGUGAUGCUAAUACUUCAGCUGGUACUUCUGGAGAUGCAGUUUCCAUGCCCAGUGAGAGAAAAACUUUUACAAGGCAUACUAAGCCUUCUAUUUGGCUCAAAGACUAUAUCACUAAACCCUCCAAGGCAAAUUUUGUCCUUCUCUAUCCUGUGUCUACUUAUGUAAACUAUGAUUCACUCUCUACAGCUCAUAAUACAGCCUUAGUUGCAUACUCUACAAUACCUAAACCCUCCUCCUUUGUUGAAGCUUCUCUUGAUCCUAAAUAG